CUCGCUAUCAACCGCCACAUGCUGCAGCUCCAGGAACAUAUCAGCCUUCUACGACUGACAACGACGACGGUAUCGCUGGUAUCGCGUGACCUCUCUCGCCUAGGCACCCGGUGAUACGCGAGAUGGCCGUUGGGGCGAGGCGGGGCGGCCGGGAAGGGGACGAUGGAGAUAUGGAAGGGAUGGAGGGGAAGAGGAAAGAUGGAUAAGUAGUCAGGCCCGCCAGACACCUCCUCACAAGACACUAUUUUGCCACCAUGGACACAGUCGAGAAGACUAUCUCUCCUGAGGUGCACGAAGUCAAGGCGUAUCACGAGGGCGAAAGACCGCGCCACAACCCGGCCCUCGAGCGCAACUUUAGCUUCUGGAGUUGUUUGGGGCUGGCAUUCGCAAUCCUCAACUCGUGGAAUGCCAUGGCCGCGUCCAUGUCCGUCGCGCUGCCGAGCGGCGGCUCCAUCGCCAUGGUGUGGGGCCUCCCGGUUUCGGCAGUGGGCACGCUGCUUAUGGCUGUCUCGCUUGCUGAGGCCGCCCACGCAUUCCCGACCACCGGCGGCCAGUAUGACUGGACGUACUGCGUUGCGCCUGCACGCGUGCGCGUCGGCCUUUCGUUCGUGGCGGGCUGGACGGCGACGACAGGCUGGAUCGCGCUCGUCGCCGCGAACGCGAUCAUGACCUCCAACUUCGUCAUGGGCAUCAUCUACCUCCUGCACCCGGCGUUCGAGAGCGCGCCGUACCAAAUCUUCCUCCUGUAUCUCGCCAUGACGUUGCUCGCGUACCUGCUGAACACGUUUGCGGUGCGCCUGCUCCCGUGGAUCGACACAAGCGCGAUGGUAUGGAGCAUGCUCGGCAUCGUGACUGUCAUGAUCACGCUUUUGGCGUGUGCGUCCGGCACGUACCAGCCCGCGAAAGCCGUAUUCGCGACGUGGACCAACACGACGGGGUGGCCGGACGGGAUGGCGUUCAUGCUCGCCCUGCUGCAGAGCGUGUUAGGGUUCACGGCGUUCGACGCUGUGAGCCACUUGAGCGAGGAGAUGCCUCGCCCCGCGAUCAACGCACCCAAGGCCAUGGUCAUCGCAGUUCUCAUCGGCAGCGUGACCGGCUGGCUCUUCCUCGUUAUCCUCCUCCUGUGCCUCAAAGACCUGGACGCCGCGACGGGCGCGCCCACCGGCCCCCUCAUCGCAAUCUACCGCCAAGUCACGGGCUCGGACGCCGGCACAACUUGCCUCGUCAUGUUCAAUCUCCUCGCGAUGUUCUUCGCAUGCCAAGGCGCAUGCACCGUCGCCUCGCGCCUCCUCAUGACCUUUGGGCGCGACAACGGCAUGGCGGGCCUCUCGCGCUUCCUCGGCGCCGUCCACCCCCGCCUCCUCGUCCCGCAGUGGUCCGUGCUCUUCGUCUCCGUCGUCGUCGUCAUCUUCGGCCUCAUCAACCUCGGCUCCUCCGUCGCCCUCAACGCCAUCAUCUCGUCCGCCAUAGUCUUCCUCCAAGUCUCGUACUUUAUCCCCAGUCAGUUUUUCCGCUUCACAUCUCACCCAGUUUGCUGCAUGUUCCUCCGCGGCGACGCGGCGUUCGCCGACGCCCCCCGCUCUUGGUCGCUCGGCCGCUGGCGCCGCCCCGUCAACGGCCUCGCGCUCGUCUUCCUCCUCGCCACAACAGUGUGCUUCUUCUUCCCCCCCGGCGUCCCCGUCACCGGCAGCAGCAUGUCGUACGUCGUCGUCGUCUUCGCCAUCGGCAUGCUCCUCGCCCUCGGCGUGUGGCUUACGAGCGCGCGGAAAGUGUUCCACGGCCCCAGCGAGAUGGAGGCCCGCUUGAUCGAGGGCCGCAGGAUGUAGGGCGUGAGAAUGUACAUUGUCUCACAUGUUG